AUGACGUCAUUGUCAUUGUCCGCGCGACGUAAUCCGACAGCAGCCCCUAGUCGCAGUUUGGGUGUUUCUUUGGCGCCCUCAAGUCUCGACGAAAGAGUUCGACUCUAUCUCUACAGAGAAACUGUCUCCCGCGAAUUUAUUGAUAAAUUCACAAAUCGCGCCAAAAACGACACCGAUGCAAUUACAGUCGAUCUUUGGAGUGUCAGCGACGCGUGGAGAAUCACGAGUGACGCGAAAACGAUGUCCGCAUUGUUCCUGCUCCACGAGCUCCGCUAUCACGGACUGAUGCCACGCUAUCGCCCCCCUAGAGAUCCGAAACGAUCUCCCCGCUUCACAGAUGUUGCCAAGCUGGACCCUAACAGACCAGGGUGCAAUCUUAGGGUCAAGGUCGUCGAAGCGCUUAAGAUGGUCCCUCACCCAACUCGCCAGGGAGCCGAACGCGGUGUUGUUCUAGUUGGAGACAAGACAGGGGUUGCCAGUCUAGGACUUGAGCCAUCCCAGACAUCUCUGACUGAAGAUUUCAACAACGUUGAUGCACCCUUGUUUUUACGGAAUGUGCAAUUCGACAUGAGCAGUGGAUUCCUAACGAUCAGGUUGGAUGAUUUCGGCAAAGCUUCGCCACCUUCGGAGGAUGAGCGGGCGCAAUUCAAUUUCCAACCCGAUGUCGGCAAUAAUGUCUCCGCUACUGAAUACAUCCGAGUAUAUCAAUCUGAAGGCUAUGUCCCAAAUACUCCAACGACAGACGGCGGUCGAUCCAACCGCGGGCGUCCGCGUGGGCAAGCGCGCAAUGGAUAUUGA